AAUUAUCAGCAUACAGUCGCUUUUAAAUCAACAGGGUUUUUGGAUGGCUGGUAGAUGACGUGAUAAUCAUUUCAGUAUGAAAAAACCUAUAUUACUCGGUAUAAGUUUAGCUAUUAUUGUAGGAGCCGGGUUAGGAGUGUUGAUUUGGUGGCUUGUUGCUGGACGCCAUUCCUCGUUUACCACAAUACUACUAGAAGAAAAUGCCCUAGGAACUAUACCAUACAAUGCUGCGUUCACAAGAAUACGAGGUGCUGGUGACAUCUUUUGGUGGUUUUACCCUACUACGCGAUCUGACCCGAGUUCACAACCAUUGAUCCUAUGGCUGGAUGGGGUCACAGGCAUACCCCCGAGUCUCCUCGCUAAUUUUGGAAUGUUCGGACCUUAUGACUUAAAUAUGAACGAAAGAACAAACUCAUGGGUUGACAAUUAUAAUUUGCUAUUUGUGGAUGCACCUUUGGGUACAGGCUUUAGCAAAGCAGAACGUGACAACCAAAUUCCCAAAUCUCUCGAGCAAAACAGCAAUCAUUUACUUAACGCCUUGGAGUCAUUCUACAAUCGUAACAGUAAUUACACGACAACUCCUUUAUACAUUUUCGGCGAAGGGCACGGUGCACAAUUAGCGUUAAGUUUGGCUAUCAAAUUGGCGGAGGAUGCACCUUUCGAGCACAAUCUAAAAAGAGUGGUCAUUGGCAAUGGAAUCAUAGAUCCAACUAUUGCACUUACCAAAUUGGGCUUUUAUCUUGAAGAGCUUGCUUAUGUUGACAACAAUGGACGUAAUGUAUUGGAAACAUUUUCUAAUGAAACAAGGCAGUUGGUUGCCGACGGUCAGAAUGGAGAAGCUUUUGACAAAUUCCUGUCGUUAGGACGAGUGAUCAAUGAAGAAGCUGGUGCAGUAGCUGUUAACUUGGCCUUUAUUGCGGAUAAACUCACUCGAGAAUCAACAGCUGUUGCAGACGACUUUGGAUUAAGGAAAUAUGUUCAAGAUGCUUCACAUUCUCGGUCUGAUAUUUUGAAGUUUAUGGACGAAACGGUAGCUCCUGCUCUCGGCAUUUCAAACGACAGAGUUUACGACGAGGGUCGUGUGGCCGUUCUGGAAGCUUUCAGGAAUGUUUUCCUAUUGCCAGCUGUUCACUUGAUUGAAUACAUCCUACAGAAUACAAAUUAUGCGGUUACUAUAUACAAUGGUAAUAUGGAUGCAGUAUCGAACACCCCUGGUCAACUGGAAUGGAUUGAAAAUCUUGAAUGGAGCGGCAAAGACGAGUUUAUUAGCAGCCCCCGUAGGACUCUUAUUGUAAAUAGUCGAGUGGAGGGUUACUUCCGAGAAACACCAAGGCUACAGUUCUAUUGGAUGAACGCUGCAGGACUAUCAGUUCCAUUUGAUAGCCCAGUUGCUAUGAGACGAGUUUUGGAACGUAUUCUAAUUUGAUAGUAGUAGUAUUUUGUUUAGUACCUACUAGAAGUACUGAUGAUCGAAAAUAUAAAAGACUACUUCAUUCCUAAUGUUUAUUUUUUCUUAGACUUUUUCAUAUUAUGAAAUAAUAAAAUUAUUUGGUCAAAUUUAAAAGU